CUCUGGCUUAUCAGAACGUGCCAUUCGGUCAUGUGUCUGGAGUCUCGUCCCGGUAGGUGCUAGAUUUUAUUUUCUUCCCUCGUCUUCCCUCGCCAAUAUAUAAUACUAGCCGGAUAUCUUUUCUUGUCAACUCUUGGAAUUCCUCCUCGUCCGACUUGGCUUGCAUCCUUAGCCAUUAGCCUUCCUCCCUUUAUCCUCGUCUGCUUGUCCUCCCAUCCCGUCGUCCUCCCUCGUGUCUCCUGCUCUUUUUUUGACAGGUUACUCAAGACCGCCAGCGCAUCUUGGCUGGUUCGCUGAUCGCCUUGUGAGAGAAGAGAUCCAACCGCAUACACCUACGCACACGACGGUACUACGGCUACGAAACAACGGUUCUACAACAGAAUUAGUCUCAGGAUGACGGACUUUGGUCUUCGUGCGCCUCAUGGCCCCGACAUGUCGGGGACCCAUCAGCCCCUAGAGGACAUGGAUAUCAACGAGAAGGGUGCUUUUGACGCCUUAAUUCGUCCCGAUGACUGUUACACUCCCGAAGGUACCUACUGGGCCGACCUGCCGUUGCUGAAGAAGAUCCGCUUUGUGGGCUCCUACGAUGCGAAAGAGUCCAAGCGCGAAUUUAGCGACAUCUGGCAGAUGUUCAAGAACGACCCAUUGUCGCCAAUGUCGUAUUAUUUCCGGAAUAUGGUUCUCCCCGGUGCUGGUCUUGGUCUAGAAGGCUACGUGCUGUUCUCGAUCGGAAACAUCAAGCCUCUCUUCCAGCAUGUGUUCAGUAACUGUUGGGAUACCCACGAGGUUUGCAAUGAGCAAUGGACCAACGCCGUGGAGUACCUGGAAAUCAUUGGUAUCAUUGUUGGUCAGAUUCUGGUGGGCUUUCUGGGUGACUGGCUGGGCCGUCGCUGGGGUCUCAUUCAAGAUGCGGCCAUCAUGUUUAUCGGUUUGCUAAUGCUUACGGCCGCCUGGGGUGUCACUCUCAACGGCUGGGUGAUCUGCUAUGCCUGGUCUUUGUUCUUCUAUGGUAUUGGUGUUGGUGGUGAAUAUCCCAUGACUGCCACCAGCGGUAUGGAAAAUGCCGUUGGUUCCGGGAAGAUCUCGACUAAGGAAGACCGUCUGCACCGUGGACGUAAAGUCACCAGCGCAUUCUUGAUGCAGGGUUGGGGUCAAUUCUUCAACCAGGUCAUCCUCAUCAUUUUGCUCCUUUGCUUCCACCACGGUUCCGGUAAUCCUCCGUAUUCGGCUGUCGCCGCUCAGUGGACUUACCGUGUGUCGUUCGCCAUUCCCGCUGUCGGCACGCUCUGGCUGGUUUACCACCGUGCCUACCACAUGAAGGCGGCUAGCAAGCAGUUGGCAGCGGCCAAGAAGAACUCUUCUGUUACGGGCUAUGACCGUCAAUCUCUUGCCCUGACAUUCAAGUACUUCGGUUUCCGCAUUGUCGCCACCGCGGGCGCGUGGUUUGCCAACGAUGUCUUCUUCUACGGCAACAAGUUGUUCCAAUCUGAAUUCAUUAGCGUUAUCAGCCCCGGAUCCGACUCGAUUAUGCCCACCUGGUUGUGGAACUUGUGCAACGUCGGUGUCUCGCUGGCCGGCUACUACUUGGCCUCUUUCCUUAUUGACAACAAGCUCUAUGGUCGCAAGUGGAUGCAGAUGGUCGGUUUCCUGAUGUGUUUCAUCCUUUUCAUCGUCCCGGCUUUUCACUACAAAUACUACACCUCCGUGGAGCACGUCAAGGAAUUCCAGACCAUGUACUUCCUGAGUUCCUUCUUUAACCAGUUCGGUCCCAACUCCGUCACUUUCCUCGUUGCUGCCGAGGUGUUCCCCACCCCGAUCCGUGCGACUGCUCACGGUAUGUCCGCUGCCGCAGGAAAGCUUGGUGCUCUCCUGGCUUCCGUUCUGUACAGCUACAUCGAUACGCAGACCAAGUUCUAUGUGGUUCCGUGGUUCGGUCUGGGUGGCAUGCUCUUGACUUUCCUUUUCCUGCCUGACACCACCGGUCUCGAUUUGAAGGAGCAAGAGCGUCGCUGGAACUACCUCCGCGCCGGCCGUGAGCAUGAGUACCAUGGCCCCGCCGUUCACUCCAAGCAUCUGUCUCUCUGGGAACGCCUGCGCGGCGUUGGCAAGUACUACGAUGCCGAAGAGGAUUACAAGCAGAAGGUCGAGGAAUACCGUGCGGAGUGGGAAGCCGCGAUGGCCCGCAAAGUUUCCGAAAAGACCCCCGGCGAAGAGUUCCCAGUGGAUACCGAUGACACUCUCUUUGAAGGUCAUGUUCACUCCUACUUCCACCGGACAAGCCCCAUGUUCCGCCCGAUGGAAAAGACCGGUCCGAAUAAGGCCGAUAACUUUGCCCUUCCUCCGGCCGCCCAGGAAGGUGACUCGGUGGACUCGUAUGAAGAAAAGUGAUAGGUUUCGUCGUUUCUAUCUUUCGUUGUUUUAUUUUUUUACUAUACCCCGAAGCUGUGAAUAGAGUCUGUUGUUGUUCUCUUUACAUACUUGGAUAAUGAUGUGGAGCAGGUGCUUCGUCUUUUUCUCUUCAUGUUUAUGCUUUUCUUUUUCUCUUUUUUUUUUCUUAACUGGACAUACCCAAAUGUGAAAAUGUGCAACCUUGAAAACUGGUUUUCAAUUCAUGCCUUGCAUUGUGCUGCAUUAGGAAAAUAUGCCUGUUUGUGUCAUGAAGUGGAUGAAUUUGAAAUCAUCGGGCGUUUGGGCGGUUGCGUGUAGAACCAUCACUAGAGGUCAAUGUAACUGAAAUGAUUCAAUCUCACUGGAUAUCUCAGAUUCUGGU